UUCACUCUCUAACCCAAAAAAGCCCAAUUUUUACGCCCAAAUGGUUCGGAGUUCGGACCCAUAAAACACUUAAACCCAAGCCUCACCUGAACUCCGCCGCCGGCGUCGUAUCACUGCCAUGUUUUCCUCCACCACCACCACCCUCUUCCUCUUCCUAUUGCUCCUCACCACCACCGUCGCCACCGCCACCCCAAUCAUAGGAUUAGACUCAUUCCUAACCCAGCAAUCACGUUUAGACCCCAUAGCUUCCAACGACUCCUUCCUCUCUCUCCCAUCACCAAUCAAGAAAUCUCUCUCUCUUUCUCUCUCACUCUCUCUCUCUUCCCCAAACCCUCACCUCAUUUCCUCCCUCACACUCCACCUCGUCGGCGACUUCCCACCUGACACCUCCACCCUCCUCUCCUCUUUCCUCUCCUCCGCCGCCGCCGCCGCCGCCGCCACCCACCACUUCCACGUCAUCACACCCUUCGAUUACCAAUCCCACCAACUCUCAAUCACACAUAGCCUCCACCUUGACGUCACUCACAACCCUUCUUCUUCCUCACUCGCUACCACACUCUCACAAACCCUAAAUUCCCAACUUCUCAACACACCUUCCUCUCUCCGAUCCCCUCUUCUCUCAAUUCCAUUCUCCUCAAUCGACCAAGUCAUCCAAAACCACUUCGAAAAAUCAAAACCCCUCCAAGGGGUUCAUCUUUACCUCAUCAAUUUGCCUAAUUCAAAAUCCAAUUCCAAACCCUAUGCUUAUUCAUAUGGCUCCGGCGACGACUCCGCCGGCUUCACCAAAUGCUUGGGGACACUGUGGACGGCGAAAGAACGGUACUUUUGGAUCGAUUUGGGCGCCGGACCGGUGGAUUACGGUCCGGCGAUCUCCGGCGAUGGCAUGCUUCCCAGAGGGGAGUUUCACCCUCUGGCAGCACUCCAUGGACGCCCCAAGUCACAGAAGGCUUUCGUUGCGGAUUUGGCUUCCUUGGUUUGGAGUAGUUACCAGGUUUUUCUUGUGCCUUCUUUGAGAAUUCCUGUGCCGUUUGAGAAUUCUUUGGUUGUUCAGUUUAUCCAUGUGUAUUCUGGUGAGAAGGGGAGUAAGGACACGAGUGGUUUGGAUUGGGAGUUAAUUGAGAAGAGUUUUAGGGAUGAGAGUAAUGGGGUGUUGUUGGGUGAUCAGUCUUUGAGUUUUAAGGCUUAUGAGAUUAGUUAUUCUGAAUGCCCUGUGUGUUCUUUUGCGGUUUCGCGGUCGAUUAAUUCCUAUACCUCGAGGUUUCUGUUUGAUAACUAUACUUUGAUUGUGAGUGAGUAUUUGGAUUCGAAGAGGCUGCAUCAGAUAUUGUCUGAUUCGGCUGGCGAGUUGAGGAAAGUGGCUGGUGUGCCUGAGGAGGAUUUUGGUAGGGUUGUUCCCGUGUAUGUGUUUGACUUGGAUUACAGCACGCUCCUGCAGCUGGAUCGGUUUCAUCAGUCUGUUGCUUUCAAGGAUAUGGUUAUUGCGGUUAGGACUAAGAAUACGCAGACUGUUAGUGAUUAUAGCUGCAACGGUCGGCAUGUCUUCACGCACACGAGGGAACUUGUGCGGCCGCUUGUUGGAUCAAUUCUGCAGAGUAUGUGGGGAGUGUCGCCCACCCAUAUGUCUUGGAGCCCCAGACACAAUAGUACUUUGGUGGAUUACACAUGGAGUAUAGGGCAGACUCCUUUCGGGCCUUUCUCAGAGAUGUCAACUCUGUCUUUUGUGCAGAAAGAUGCAGCAAGGAGAAAUGUUCUGUUGACAUCCUUGAAUUACAGCAUAUCAAGUGCUAUAGAUGUUCUUCAGUCCAUAGAAAGUCACGGUGGAGACAGAAAUCUGCUCAAGCAAAAGCAGCAUGUGGAGUUUGUCCAGAGAUGGAACCUUUUCAAGUACAAGCUGAACAAAGCGGUGUCUGCUUUGUCACAUCUGGAUUUUGAGAUGGCUUUGUUUUACUUGAGGUCUUCUGAUCAUGAUCUGUAUGCCAUCCACUCCAUUGUGUACCAUGCCUCUCAAGAAAUAGAGGCAUCCCUUGUGUGCUUUAGGGACCCUUCCUUUCCUUGGGUUUCAGUCUCAAUUUCUGCUGCAGCUUUCCUUGCUCUCUCUUAUGUUUAUGCAAAACGGGAUAAACUUUUCAGAAACAAAAGGAAGCAAUUUUGAUGCUCUUACAGGAGGACAGAAUUUUGUAUGAUUUUAAGAAAACACAAAACAUGUAUUAUUGUACAAGAGGUAUGCUGAUGAGCUUGGUAUUUAGAUUGCUUGAGUUAUUAACUCCAGUUCAA